AACAGAAGUAGUGUAGUGAACAAAUACAAUUUCCACGUUAGCGUUUUUGUUGUUAUUUAGACCUUUAUUAACACAUUGGAACUCAAAAUACAUACGAGCAUCAUAAACGUACCUCAGGUAGUCUUUACUUCGCGUUGGAGACGGAACUUGGUUUAUUCUAGGUAACGCUAGCUAGCUGCUAACCUAACGAUGGCUAACUGUAUGGUUUUUCACACUCAAAUAGCCUCCAUUAUGGAGGUGCUAGCGAAUGCAGCCGUGUCAGAGAUCUGUAAACUCGUAGACGACGACUAUGCAGUGUUUCGUUUGGAAAUAACUCAAAGCCAGAAAGAAAACAGGGGAUUGCGGAGGAAACUACAGCUACUGGAACUGAAGGUGGCACGGGAACGCGCAGAGAGGACAAUACGAGAGCGCGUCCUCGCCAGUCGUCCCAGUAGUGUCAAGAUUCACGACCGAAACAGCGGAAUGGCAAGAGGUGAAGGAUAUCUCACUGGAGGCGACAGGAGCUUUGUGAAGCCAGCGGGACAUAAUGUGUGGAGAGAUGACCAAAGCAUAGCAAUUGAGUCUGCAGAUGCAGAGGCUGCAGGUCCUGAAGGAUUGUCUCUGGUCAAGCAGGAGAGAACUGAAGGAGAGGAGGACCCACAACACAGCAGAGACAUUCAGACUGGAGCAGCGGCUGGAGUGGCGCCACCUGUAGCCACAGAGGACCUUGCGACUGCUGCCGCGCCCCAGCCCAGGAACCAACGCAGAAUCACGGAGGUCAGUGGAAUGCCGAACGCCGUCCUCAAGUCAGAGACAGACACCGAGACUUUAACUGUAACACAAAGGCUCUUACACACAGGAUCUGACCACAGAUCAGACCCAGAGAGACUGGGGCAGGGGCCACUGGGCUGUCCUGCUCCCGGCUCAGAGUAUUUACUUUACGGUAACCCAAGCCCGAGGACGGUUCAUUCCCAUCUGGACUUGGGUGAUGCGUCAGAGACUGUCAAUGAUCCGUCUUGUUUUUACACUACAGAGAUGGGCCCUGGCAACAUGCCCUUGGGUUUAGAGACACAGACUGAUCUGUCUAGAGCGGAAUGGAACCGGUACAGUAGUAGUGUAUACUCUGAAGGGAGCCAAGAUAAGAAAGGGGAGGCUAUAGUGGUAGAUGAGGUGACUGUGAAAGUGGAGGGUGACGCUCCUCCCACCUGGAAUGCAGAUCGUCUCCUAGGAGACGGACACUCACAGGGCAGAGUUUUCUUAGAUUACAGGGGAAGCUUAGAGACAAAUCUAAAUGGUGCCACCCACUCCCCUUUACAUGCAUUCAGGGAUCGUGACCCAGUGGCCACAUCAACGACACCUUCCGAUUCACAAGGCUGCGUUCUUUUCGAUCAGGUAUUGAACUCAAAUGACCAAAGGGCCAAGGCUCGGGGAGGGGGAGCAACAUCAGGCAAUAGUAAAGAGAAACGGUUCCUCUGCAUGUUCUGUAACAAAGGCUUCAGCUGCCCCCAGAAAGUGGAGAUCCACCAGAGAGUCCACACAGGGGUGAAACCCUUCAGCUGUACCCAGUGUCACAUGAGCUUCGCCCAGGCUGGUGACCUGAAGAGGCACCAGAGGGUCCACACAGGGGAGAAACCCUUCAGCUGCCCCCAGUGUGAGAAGAGGUUCUCUCAGGCUGGUGACCUGAAGAGGCACCAGAGGGUCCACACAGGGGAGAAACCCUACAGUUGUACCCAGUGUCACAUGCGCUUCGCCCUGGCUGGCAACCUGAAGAUGCACUUGAAGGUCCACACGGGAGAGAGGCCGUUCGCCUGUAGGCAUUGCGGGAAGAGGUUCUCAGAGAGGAGCUACCUCAGGAUACACCAGCAGAAAAACCAUUCCACUCUGUAAAUUAGAAAAUAAUUUCACUCGAUAGCUUCUGACAUUUAGAUCAAACCCUGCAUUAACCCCCCAGCGUGAGUUUUUUUUGUUAUGCGCGUGAUGUCAGAAUGCACUCACUAGCUAGGUUUCCAUACCAAUUGGCAACAGAUUUUCAUG